GGCGGCGGCAGGAAGGGCGCGAGCGGCGGGGGCGGCGGCGGCGGCUGCACCCGGGUCGGUCCGACAGCCCUGAGUUGAGUGAUCUGGACGCGGCCCAUAGCCUCCUCCGGAGAUCGGGCGCUGGCCCGGACGUCCGCGCGCCUGGGGCGGGAUGUAGCGCGCUGGGCGUGGAGGCCGCCGGGCUGGCGGGGGGCGCGGGGGGCGCGCCGAGGAUGGAGAGAGCCAUGGAGCAGCUCAACCGCCUGACGCGCUCUCUGCGCCGCGCCCGCACCGUGGAGCUGCCAGAUGAUAAUGAAACUGCUGUUUAUACAUUAAUGCCAAUGGUUAUGGCGGAUCAACAUAGGUCUGUUUCUGAACUACUAUCAAAUUCAAAGUUUGAUGUCAAUUAUGCAUUUGGACGUGUGAAAAGGAGCUUGCUUCACAUUGCAGCAAAUUGUGGAUCAGUGGAAUGCUUGGUUCUGUUGUUAAAGAAAGGAGCAAACCCUAAUUAUCAAGAUAUUUCGGGUUGUACACCCCUUCAUUUGGCUGCUAGAAAUGGGCAGAAGAAAUGCAUGAGUAAAUUACUAGAAUACAGUGCUGAUGUUAACAUUUGUAAUAAUGAAGGACUUACAGCAAUACACUGGCUGGCCGUGAAUGGGCGAACAGAACUACUCCAUGACCUUGUGCAGCACGUCAGUGAUGUUGAUGUGGAGGACGCGAUGGGGCAGACAGCGCUGCACGUGGCCUGCCAGAACGGCCACAAGACGACAGUGCAGUGCUUGCUAGACAGUGGUGCUGAUAUUAACAGGCCAAAUGUGUCAGGAGCUACUCCAUUGUACUUUGCUUGCAGUCAUGGUCAGAGAGACACAGCACAGAUUCUUCUAAUGCGAGGAGCCAAAUAUCUGCCAGAUAAAAAUGGAGUAACUCCUCUGGAUUUAUGUGUUCAGGGUGGAUAUGGAGAAACUUGUGAAGUAUUAAUUCAGUAUCACCCUAGGCUAUUUCAGACAAUUAUUCAAAUGACACAGAAUGAAGAUCUUCGAGAAAACAUGCUACGGCAAGUUUUGGAACAUUUGUCUCAGCAAAGUGAAAGUCAGUACUUAAAGAUACUCACAAGCCUUGCUGAAGUUGCCACAACAAAUGGUCAUAAACUGCUUAGCCUGUCGAGCAAUUAUGAUGCUCAGAUGAAGAGCCUUUUAAGGAUUGUGAGGAUAUUUUGUCAUGUCUUCCGGAUUGGUCCAUCCUCUCCCAGUAAUGGAAUCGAUAUGGGUUACAAUGGAAACAAAACUCCAAGAAGCCAGGUGUUCAAGCCUCUAGAGUUGCUUUGGCACUCAUUAGACGAAUGGCUAGUUUUAAUAGCUACAGAAUUGAUGAAAAACAAGAAGGACUCGACAGAUAUCACAUCGAUUUUACUGAAGCAAAAAGGCCAAGAUCAAGAUGGUGCCUCCAUUCCUGCAUUUGAACCUCCAGGACCUGGGCGCUAUGAAAAUCUCUCCACUGACACAGGGGAAUCUAAACCAGAUGCGCUGUCAGGGAAACAGGAAGUCAGUGCAGACUGUCAGGAUGUUAUUGCUAUGACAGCUAACCGGCUAAGUGCUGUCAUUCAAGCCUUUUACAUGUGCUGUUCUUGUCAGAUGCCUCCAGGAAUGACUUCCCCUCGUUUCAUUGAGUUUGUCUGCAAACAUGAUGAAGUUUUAAAAUGCUUUGUUAACAGAAACCCCAAAAUUAUAUUUGACCACUUUCAUUUCCUCCUUGAAUGUCCUGAGUUGAUGUCACGAUUCAUGCAUAUUAUAAAAGCCCAGCCAUUUAAAGAUCGCUGCGAAUGGUUCUAUGAACAUUUGCAUUCAGGACAACCAGAUUCAGAUAUGGUACACAGACCAGUAAAUGAAAAUGAUAUUCUUCUGGUUCAUAGAGAUUCUAUUUUUAGGAGUAGCUGUGAAGUUGUGUCAAAAGCAAAUUGUGCCAAGCUAAAACAAGGGAUUGCUGUACGGUUCCAUGGAGAAGAGGGCAUGGGUCAAGGCGUUGUCCGUGAAUGGUUUGAUAUUCUGUCUAAUGAGAUAGUCAACCCUGAUUAUGCAUUGUUCACCCAGUCAGCAGAUGGAACAACUUUUCAGCCUAAUAGCAACUCCUAUGUGAAUCCUGAUCAUCUGAACUAUUUUCGGUUUGCUGGACAGAUCUUAGGAUUAGCUUUGAAUCACAGGCAGCUGGUCAACAUUUACUUUACAAGAUCAUUCUAUAAGCACAUUCUUGGCAUUCCUGUAAAUUACCAAGAUGUGGCAUCCAUUGAUCCAGAAUAUGCCAAAAAUUUACAAUGGAUUUUAGAUAAUGAUAUUAGUGAUCUGGGUCUGGAACUAACUUUUUCAGUUGAAACUGAUGUAUUUGGAGCAAUGGAGGAGGUGCCUUUGAAACCAGGGGGUGGAAGUAUUCUUGUGACUCAGAAUAACAAAGCAGAGUAUGUUCAGCUUGUUACUGAACUUCGAAUGACAAGAGCCAUUCAGCCACAGAUCAAUGCUUUUUUACAGGGCUUUCAUAUGUUCAUUCCACCUUCUCUCAUACAACUUUUUGAUGAAUAUGAAUUGGAGCUGCUGCUUUCUGGCAUGCCAGAAAUUGAUGUGAGUGAUUGGAUAAAAAAUACAGAAUACACAAGUGGCUAUGAAAGAGAAGAUCCAGUUAUUCAGUGGUUCUGGGAAGUUGUGGAAGCUAUUACUCCAGAGGAGAGAGUGCUUCUCCUGCAGUUUGUUACUGGAAGUUCCAGAGUCCCACAUGGUGGCUUUGCUAACAUCAUGGGUGGAAGUGGAUUGCAAAACUUUACAAUUGCUGCCGUGCCGUAUACUCCAAAUCUACUGCCAACUUCAAGCACGUGCAUCAACAUGCUCAAGUUACCUGAAUACCCAUCUAAAGAAAUACUCAAGGACAGACUUCUUGUGGCUCUACAUUGUGGCAGCUAUGGUUACACAAUGGCGUAAUGAAAUCUGGAAGACUCAUCUGACUACUGAUGCACAAUUCGGAGUGGCAGAAGUAAUUUAGGAAACUGUCAACAGAAAAGCAGCCUAAAUGCAGCCCAUAGGCAGGGCUGAUGUUUAAAAUUCAUAAAGGAUCAGGUUCCCCCAUCUCCCAUUUCCCUUUUAUGUUUCUCAGUCUGUGUUACAACUGGAAAACAUAAAAUCAGAGCAGUCUUCAUUUUAACUGAAAGUAGGAAAAAUUAUCCUUUUUUAUAUUUCCUUAAUCUUACCCAAGAUUGUGUGAAGUCAGAAUCUUAUUUUGUAUUCCACCUCUGCUAUGUAAACGGUCUUGUUCAGAGGUAUUUUUUCUUUAUUUUUCUGAGUAUUAAAUUAUAUUAGGACCACCAGCCUACUAGCUCUGUUGCAUGUAAAGUGCUGUUUAUAUUUUGGGAAACUAUUAUACAGAAAGGAUUAAUUUAGAUUGUAUAUAAAACCACAAAUAUGUAUUUUCCCAUUGACUCUAUAUUGCAAUGAUGGUUUUUUAGCUUUUUAAAUAUUUUAAUAUAUAAUGUAGAUUUCGACUGAUGUGGUUAACAACUGAGGAAAUGACAUCUAAUUUAUAUAUUAAAGCUUCUACUAUAUUGUAUGAAUUGUUUGCAUCUUUCAGUGGUCAGUUUUCCAUAUAUAUUGUGUGAUUUCAAAGUUUUUUUAAUGCAUUAUAUUCAUUUGUAUUUUACUGAAAUUAAAGUAUACUAUUUUUAUCUUUUUUCUUUUAAAUAUUGUUUUUCUUUCCAUGAGCUCUGGAUGACACAUUUGAAGAGAGAGGGACAAUAUGUAGAUUAUAAUUUAAAUAUGAUUUUUUGGGGGGUGGCUACCAAUUGGUGCUCAGGAGUGCUGAACCCACCAGUAAUUCUCCACCUUCCAGGCUGCUGGCUCAGAUCAAGGACCCAAGGAGGUGAUGUUCCUCCAGCCCUGCAGUGCCGGAGAUACUUGGCCACCCUGUGGUGCUGGGAUGGAGGGCCUUCAGGGCUGUACCCAGCAAAGAUGGGGACCACAUGGUGCCAGGAAUGGUAACCAUGUAGGACUUACCUGGCGCAUGCUAAGUAAACUGUUGUUUUAUCUCUUGGCUCAUAAAUGUGUGAUUUUUAACUUCCUAAAGUUGCUUUUUGUGAUUAAAAUGUUCAUUUUCAAGCGAUGCCUAGGAUAGAGGGUUAACGUUUUAAAAGUUUUUGUGCCUUUUUUUCCUGGUGUUUGGUUUGGGGGCCACACCUGACAGUGCUGAGGACUCCUGGCUCCGCUUAGGGAAUCACACCUGGCAGGGCUCUGGGAACAGCAGGGGGUGCCUGGGAUCUUACUCAGUCAUGCAUGUGCAAGGCAAGCACCUGAACCACUGUACCUGGCCCCAGGUUUUGAAGUUUUAGGAUGAUCUGAUCCAGCGAUUUCAAUCUGAUAAUACCUGUGAACAAGAAGUGGCCUAUAAACAGCCAGUUGAAAACCACUGAUCUAAUCAGUUUCCUUUUGAAAAGAUGUUUUUAAGUACUUUAAGUUGCCUUUUAAGGGGAAGGAAGACCAUUCAAACAGAGAUCCUAUCAGGAUUUUAGGCCUUUGCCUCUGGAAAUUAAAAUAGAGUAUCCGAUGACAUCACUGUUGGUGGAAUGACUCUGAUACAAAGAUUUUCUCAUGUGAGCAACUCAUAUUUGUCAGAGACAAAUGUAUUUAUCCAUAUAAACAAAUGUAUAUAUAUAUAUGUAUAUAUACUGUGCAUAUAUAGUAUUAUAUAUAGACAUACAUUGAAAUCUGUUAAGUUUUAAAGCUCUGUAGUGUUUUUUGUCUUUUUUUUAUAUUAAGAAAACAUCUCAACCAAUUACAUUCAAAAUUAAGGAUUGUUUAAAAAUUAUUAACUCUAAGAUGAAGAUUCAGGCACUGGAGAGAUAGUACAGCAGGUCAGGUGCUUCCCUUGCAAGUGGCCGACCCACAUUCAAUCCCCAUCACCUUAUAUUAUGGUACCCCAAAUGUGCCAGAGUUGAUCCCUGAUUGCAGGAGCAAGAGUAAGCCCGGAGGCAAGUUGGUUGUAACCCCAAAACAAACAGUAAAAUAAAAUUAAGAUUCAGAAUGAUUUAUAAAUGAAUAAUAGUUUUUAAAAUUUGGGUUUUCAAAGUCCCAGUUUAUAGGUCCCAGUUAUCUUUAAGUUUUUAAAUAUUAAGAUACUUAAAUAUCACAUUGUUUAUAACUUUAUUGUUUACAAACAUUUCUGCUUAUAAUUGUGUAAUACAUUGUCUUUCUCAUACUUAUUCUUUCAAAAAUAUUUCUAUAGAAGAGAUAAUAAAACUUGUAAAGUCUCA